AAUAUUUUUUCAAAUUCCAAACACAACUUGAAUUCCCUUCCGACACUGCAUCUUUGAGAAAAACCAAUCUUCAAAGUUACACCAACUUCAGAUCCACACUCCACGCAAGCCACAUUAAAGGAAAAGUAUAACUCAAACACUUAGAAAAGGGAAGAUCACAGACCAAACUGCAGCAAAAAGUCGGCAUUUCCUUCUUUCAAAAAAAUAAUACUUCUCCGACACUUUCAUAUCUAAGGACUAAGGUUCAUCUGCUUUGAAGACUUCUGAGUUCUGAGGGAGAUCAAUAUAAUGGGCACUUUGGGGGCUUCUCUCUUGCUUCCAACAAAGCCAUUAAUAAUAGCUCCUGAGAAGAAAGGAUCUCAGUUUGUGUUCAGAGAAAGAUCGAGCAAGAAUCGCUCAUUUAUCCCUGUGGCAAGGCUGUUUGGGCCAUCAAUAUUUGAAGCAUCAAAGCUGAAGGUUUUGUUUCUGGGAGUUGACGAGGAGAAGCACCCUGGGAAGCUCCCAAGAACUUACACUCUUACACACAGUGAUAUCACCUCUAAGAUCACUCUGGCCAUCUCUCAAACCAUUAACAGUUCCCAGUUGCAGGGAUGGUAUAAUAGGCUGCAGAGAGAUGAAGUGGUCGCAGAGUGGAAGAAAGUGAAAGGGAAAAUGUCACUUCAUGUUCAUUGCCACAUCAGUGGAGGCCAUUUCUUGCUUAACUUGUGCGCUAAACUUCGAUUCUACAUCUUCUGCAAAGAACUCCCUGUGGUUCUGAAGGCUUUUGUCCAUGGAGAUGGGAACCUAUUGAAGAAUCACCCAGAGCUCCAAGAAUCUUUGGUUUGGGUUUACUUCCACUCCAUCAUCCAAGAGUUCAACAGGGUAGAGUGCUGGGGCCCACUCAAGGAAGCUGCGUCUCCUCCUCCUCCACCUCCACAGCCGUCCAUCGCCGCUGAUGGCGGCACAUCAGGCGGGAUUGGGACCCACACCGAGAAGAGAAGUUUGCUAAGCAACUGGGAAAUACCACAGCCGUGUCACGACACGUGUAGCUGUUGCUUUCCGUCCACAACUUCCAUUCCUUGGACGGCGUCGUCUUAUUCGUCGCGUGCUCCUUUGGGGCCUCUUGGAACCAACGACCCCAUUAAAUUCAGAUAAUAUUUUGAGAUUACCAGGCGAAUUGUAUUAGCCCAUCUUGCGUGGUAAACUCAAGUAUAUAAAAAUAAAUAAAAUUUAUUCAUUUUAAUUUUAAUUCCAAUUCGUGUCCAGUGUCA